AUGUGUAAAUUUCUAGAGAUACACCUAGUGUCAUUAGACAUUAAUUAUGUGACUAAAAUCUCUAUAUAUACCUCCAAAGUAGGCGCACAAUCAAGCAUCAAAAACACCAGUCAUUACUCACCACAACCAAUAUUGAGUAUUGACUUACCACAUUUUACCAAAAUCAUGAGUUACUACGCUUUCAUAAUAGUGUUGCUCACAAUCUCUACUAACAUCCUGCACACCACCAAUGCCCAGACUUGCAACCCCAGCAAACCAUUGAUCGGCAUACAAGCCCCAGCAGACCAAUGUGACCCCAAUGGCGCCGACUGCUGCAAAGCCGGGCGCUCGUACACCACCUACAAGUGCUCUCCCCCAGUGACCAAGCGCACCCAAGCUACACUCACUCUUAACAGCUUUGAAGAGGGUGGAGACGGAGGCGGCGCAUCGGCGUGCGACGAGAAAUUCCACUCGGACAACACUCCUGUGGUGGCAUUGUCAACAGGGUGGUACAAUGGCAGGUCACGCUGUGGCAAGGAGAUUGUAAUCACAGGAAAUGGGAAGACAACAAGAGCAAAAGUUGUGGAUGAAUGUGACUCUAUGAAUGGGUGUGAUGAAGAACAUGGUUACCAAUUGCCUUGUAAGAACAAUAUUGUGGAUGCAUCUAAGGCUGUUUGGAAGGCCCUAGGGGUGUCCCGUAACUCAGAUCUUUAUGGCAUGAUGCCAAUUACUUGGACUGAUGCUUGAGUUUGUGUAUACUCCUAAGUGCAUAUGUUGGUCCAUUUUACGUAUGUUAAUAAUAAUUAUUAGUACUAGACUACUAAGUAUUAGCAGUACUGAUUUAUAUGGUUGAUAUAUGCAUGUAUCAUGUAUGAGGCACAGAAUCAAUGGAUUGAAUUUAUUAAUACUA